AUGUCCAAGCCAACAGCCAACUGGGAAAAGGUCGGCGACAAGUUCUACAGGAAGGUGCAGCUCUACCAGGCUGUCUUCGACGCGGAUCUCGAGCUCGAGAACUACAAUGUGGUGGGGGCGCCGUAUAGCGGUGCUGUAGCCGUCUACCGCGAUGAAGAGAAGCUGCAUACCUACCGUGGUCCCGGCGCGUCCAAAUCGAGCAUCGACAUCUACAGCUGCGCGGGCAAGCUGAUUCGUAGCAUCAACUGGGACAAAGGCACAAUCAAGGGCCUGGGAUGGUCGGAAGACGAAAAGCUGCUGGUCAUCACCUCGGACGGAACGGUGCGCUGCUACUACGACCUCCAAGGCGACUUCGUGCCCUUCACCCUCGGCCACGGCGCAGACGAAUACGGCGUACUCUCAUGCAAAUUCUACAACACGGGAUUUGUAGCGCUCCUCGGGAACAACCACCUCAUCUCAGUCACCUCGUACGCCGAACCGCGCCCCAAACUCCUCGCUAUACCGCCGACUGAACCCGUCAUAUCAUGGAGCAUCAUACCACCUGCCUACUCGCUAUCGCGAUCGGUGGAAGUCAUACUAGCGAUUGGGUCUACGCUGUAUGUCGUCGAUGCGACUGAGGCAGAAGAUCGCAACUUCGAUGCCGGACCGUUCAGGCACAUCAGCGUCAGUCCGCGCGCGGAGUUCCUAGCCUUCUACACAGAGGAUGGAAAGGUGUGGGUUGUCAGCGGCGACUGGAAUGACAAGCUCAGCGAGUACGACAGCAAGAUCAAGACAGUGCCGAAAGACAUGGAAUGGUGCGGCUCGAACGCCGUCGCGUUAGCCUGGGAAGACGAAGUACACCUGAUCGGCCCUCGAAGUGCCGCGACUAAGUUCUACUACGACACCUGGGUGCAUCUCUUGCCGGACGUCGAUGGCAUACGGCUCCUCACGAACGACGUCUGCGAAUUCAUACAAAAGGUGCCGGAUGAGGCGGUGGAUGUCUUCAGGCUGGGCUCCGACUCGCCUGCUGCAAACUUAUUGGAAGCGUCCUCGCUCCUAGAACAGAAGAGCCCAAAGGCCGACGACCUCAUACAGCUGAUACGACCGAGUCUGGGAGAGGCGGUGGACACAUGCAUCAAGGCCGCUGCGCAUGAGUACAACAUCCACUGGCAAAAGUCGCUGCUGAAAGCAGCUUCGUACGGAAAGUCAGUGCUGGACCUGUACUCGUCUGACGAUUUUGUCGACACGUGCGACACACUACGAGUUCUGAACGCUGUGCGCUUCUAUGAGGUUGGCCUGCCGCUCAGUUACGACCAGUAUCGCCGCAUGACGCCUGAGAAGCUCGUUGAGCGUCUCACGAACCGCAGCGAAUACCUUCUUGCAUUGCGCAUAGCCGAGUAUCUGCAUCUGCCAGCAAACCAGAUUCACGGACACUGGGCGCAACAGAAGGUGCGCGUCUCGACGGACCCAGAAGAGGAGAUUUGCAGUCUUAUAGUUAAGAAACUGCAUGGCAAGCCUGGUGUCUCAUUCGAAGAGAUCGCACGGGCGGCCUACGAUGAAGGUCGCGUGCGACUGGCGACGGAGCUUCUCAAUUACGAACCCAGAGCUGGCAAGCAAGUACCGCUACUACUCAACAUGAAGGAAGACAACAUUGCGCUCGACAAGGCGAUCGAGUCGGGCGAUACCGAUCUCAUCUUCCACGUUCUCCUACACCUACGCAAGAAGCUACCUCUUGCCUCCUUCUUCCGCGUCAUCAACAGCCGUCCGGUCGCCACAGCUCUGGUCGAGUCGUCAGCCUGGGACCAAGACCGUGAGCUACUGAAAGAUCUCUACUACCAAGACGACAGGAGACUCGACGGCUCGAACCUCUUACUAUCCGAAGCAAUCGCACAGGAAAGCCAUCCAGCCCAGCAAGACAAGUUGAAACUAGCGUCAAAGUACCUCCAAGAUUCACGCGACAGCGCGGCCGUCUUCCAGCGCCAAGCUAUAGACGAUGCUGCCAAACUGCUCCGUCUCCAACACCAGUUCGAAACAGACCUCAACGGACCGAGAGACCCAACACCCGCAGGUGCGCUACCAGGUCAAACAUACAUCGGUCUCUCAGCAAACGAGACAAUCUUUCAACUCAUCCGCCAAGGCCACUAUAAGCGCGCCCAAAAGGUGCAGUCAGAGUUCAAGAUCAACGACAAAACAUACACAUACAUCCGCCUCCGCGCCCUCGUCGCAGCGCGGCACUGGAACGAGCUCGAGGAAUUUGCAAAGCAAAAGAAGAGCCCGAUUGGCUGGGAGCCUUUCUUCAACGAGGUCCUUGGUGCGGGAAACACCAGAGUAGCGAGUGUCUUUAUCCCCAAGUGCACAACGCUGACGGUGCCGGAGAGGGUCGACAUGUGGAUCAAGUGUGGGUUGAUGGUCAAGGCGGGUGAAGAGGCGUUUAAAGCCAAGGAUAGGGAGCUGUUGCAACAGAUUAGGGAUAAGGCCGAUGGGAGUACGGCGAUGGAAUUGGAGAGGUUGUUAGGGAUGCUGCCGCAGGGGAAGAGAUACCCGGAUUCGAUCGACAUAUACGCAAACAUGAGGUUCUUCAACUCUCUAGUCAGCUUCGCGGCUGUCGUACCUGUCGCGCUCGCAUCGAUACCUUACUCGCAAUACAUCCUCGCGCCCAAAUCACGAACCCUCCAUCCCAUCUCCGUACACAGCACUAACGGCUCCGUCACCCACCCCGAGAGCCUUACCAGCGCGAAUGGCAGUUCCGUCUUCACCGGCGAAGCAGCAACAGCGUACGACUUCGGCAUCAACAUCGCGGGUCUCGUCACCGUAACAAUCGGCUCUGUUAACUCGUCCUCCGAAUACAUCGGCGUCACCUUCUCCGAAAGUUCGUUAUGGGUCAGCAAUUGGAGCAGCGACGCGACGGCCGAUGCAGGAAAGGACGAGACGCUCUGGUUCCAUGUUAAUGGUACUGGGCGGUAUACAGCGCCGAAGGAGAAGGUGAGGGGUGGGUUUAGGUACAUGACGUUGGUGCAUAAUGGGACUGGGAGUGUAGAGGUGGCAGGCGCGGAGGUACAUUAUACUGCUAUGCCGCAUUGGGAGGGGGAUGCGUUGGGGAAUUAUACGGGAUAUUUCCAUUGCGACGAUGAGCUGCUCAAUCGCGUAUGGUAUGCCGGAGCGUACACGAACCAGAUCUGUACGAUUGAACCAGACACCGGCAAUGCGCUUGUUCAUCUGCGCGAAGAAGGUUUCUCGAGUGAGGACGACCAGUCGCCGGUUAAUGUUACUUGGUAUAACAACUAUACCAUUACCAGUGGCAAGAGUGCGCUGGUUGAUGGUGCAAAGAGGGAUAGACUUGUUUGGGCUGGCGACAUGGCGAUAGCAGUCCCCGGUGUCGUGGUAUCGACAAACGAUGUCAUUUCCAUUGAGAAUGCAUUGGACUCGCUCUUCGAGGUACAGAACGCGACGAAUGGUCUACUCCCAUAUGCCGGAAGGCCUUUCCCUCCCCAGGCGAUAUCGUUCACGUACCACCUAUACACUCUGAUCGGUGUCGCUGACCACUUCCUCUACACUGGCGACAUGGACUACCUCAAAUCUCUAUGGGACAAAUACAAAUUUGCCCUCUCCUUCUCCCUCUCCAACAUCGACUCCAGCGGCCUCAUGAACGUAACUGCGCCCAACGACUGGCUCCGCUUCGGCAUGGGCGGCCACAAUAUCGAAGCAAACGCCAUCCUGUACUACACCAUCAAUCAGGGCAUCUACCUCGCCUCAGCUUUGAACGACACAGCCAACAUUUCUUCCUGGCAAGAAACAGCUGAUGGUAUCAAGACCGCCGCCAAUGAACUUCUCUGGGAUGAGCAAGAGGGCAUGUACCGCGACAACGAAACCACAACGCUCAUGCCCCAGGACGGAAACGCCUGGGCCGUCGUCGCAAACCUCACAGUGAACAGCACACAGACGAGUAUGAUCUCACAGAAUUUGGUCUCGCGAUGGACGCCGUACGGUGCCCCUGCCCCCGAAGCCGCAGACGCCAUCUCACCCUUCAUCUCCGGCUUUGAACUGCAAUCCCACUUCCUCGCACAGAACACAACCGCUGCGUUGGAGUUGAUGCGUCUACAAUGGGGCUUCAUGCUCGACGACCCUCGCAUGACAAACUCAACCUUCAUCGAAGGAUACAGCACGACUGGCGAACUCCACUACGCGCCCUACAACAACGACGCACGCAUCAGCCACGCCCACGGAUGGGCAACAGGACCGACAUCCAGCCUCACACAAUAUGUCGCCGGUGUACAGUUACUCACUGCUGGCGGAGCAACAUGGCGUAUUGCGCCUUCGCUCGGCGAUCUCAAGUUUGCGGAUGCGGGCUUCAGGACGAGUUUGGGUUUCUUUGGCGCCAGGACACAGGUGUUGGAUGGUAGCAUAAUGUUGGACUUUGAGGCGCCGGAGGGGACGGUGGGAGAGGUUAGGAUGCCGGUGAUGGAAUGUGCGGGACGGGUGGUCAUGAGUGGAAUGGAGGGGCUGAGUGGGGAUGUUGUUGUUGAGGUUAUGGCUGGGCAGGGGGAUGUGGAUGUCAAGGAUGUCAAGGGUGGGAGGUGGACGGCUACGUUUAGGUGUACUUGA